AUGUUGGGAAACACUCCAGAUUUCUCGCCGGCAUACACCACCGGCGGCUCGCCUCUUCAGCAUGAGUUUCUGCAGUCUCUUCGAGGCGCCAUGACGCCGCGGACGCCCGGACUCGGAGGCACGCCGACAGCGCGCUCCACCUUCCUCUCGUACAAACUGCAAUGCGGCGUGGGCACGAGCCUAGGCAGCGUCGAAGAGAUGGUACGCGCCUUGGAGUCAGAGCCUAUCCAAAUGCGGAGUGCAUGCGACACCGACCGGCUCCUGCAGAGCGCCUUCUGCGACAGAGACCUCAUUGAGGAGCAGCUCAGACAAAAGUCGCUUCUUGACGACAUCUACGACGCAGGCAAUGGCAAGAUUUGGAAAAUCGCUCAGUUUUCCAUGUUUCCGUCGGACUGCAAGGGCAGCUUCCAGCACCGCACGCGGUCCGGCGACAAGCUGCAGGAAAUAUCUGAGUGGCUCCAAGACUACAAACGCGUUGACAGUCUUCCUGAAAUGCUUGUUAAAGGCUCGUCGCCGGCAAAUCCUUCGUUUUUCCUCGACCUAUGCGCGGGGCCUGGCACGUGGUCUGACUGGCUGUUGGACGAAAUCGAGUUCCUCGACCAGCGGCGGCUCGACGACGAGCUUCCUUUUUCCUUCACCUUUGACCGGUCGCCAGAAAGCCUCUCAGAGGAGGACCGCGAGGCGAUGCUCGCGGCGAGCCGCUUGCCAGGCCCGAGUUGCUACGGCUUCGGGAUCUCUCUCAGCAUCUCGGAUUUGACCUCCAUGCGAGACACGCGCUUCUGGAGCCUUGCCAGAGAGGUCACUGACAGACACAACUUCGAAAGCAUCACAGGCGUGAAUAAGAGCGGAAAUUUGUACUGCGCAAAGAACCUCAGAGUUAUGAAAGAAAAAAUCGUGCAGAGAGUCGCAGAGAUCCAGGAACACUGCGCCGCGGCGUUGUACGCCCCACAUGAGACCACGGCACUUGGCGGCAGAGAGCCUUGCGCCUCCAGCCCUUCGGCCUUGCGCAAAACUUUCCACAGAAAAUCGGGAAACAACGGUCUCAUCCGGCUUAUCGUGGCAGAUGGAGGAAUCACCAUUCCCAAAAAGUCGGUGACUGGCCAGCACUUGGACAACUACCAAGAACUCUUGACUGGCCGGCUGCUGCUCUCCGAGAUCCUGAUUGCUUUUCAACUCCUCGAACACGGCGGAACCUUCGUCUGCACUGUCUUCGACGUGUUCUCGUCCUUCACGGCUUCGCUGCUCUACCUCUGCGCCGCCUUGUUCGAAGAGGUGCACAUCGUGAAACCUUCCCGAAACCGGUGGACGAAUUCAGAAAGGCAACUCGUCGGCUUGAGAUUCCGGCGCUGCCCGUCAGUGAGCCUGGCUUCGGUGCUUGCCGCGGUGGCAGAGGCGAACGCGAAGCCGCCCCUGCUCUCCUGUGCCCCGUCCUCGGACGCGGCCCUGUGCGCCCGCCGCCCCCCGGAGUCUGUGUCCACGAUGUCUUCGUUUUUCGCUCUGCCGCGGAAGCGCGCGCCAGCGGGGGCAGUCGCCUCGCGAGUCUCGCGCGUGUGCAGCGCCGCGGUUGCGAAGCUCGCGCAGGCGCACGAGGCGCUGUCGGAGGCGACCAGCCCGACGAACUACUACACGGUGCUGCCUGAGACGCUGCUGAGGCGCGCCUUCUUCAUGGCGGACGCACUCUUUGUCGAGAGCUACCGGCAGAUGUGCGGCGAGCUGUGCCGCCUGCAGUGCAUCAGCUUGCAGCAGACGUACGCCAAGUACCAGGAGCUGCAGCGAAACCCUGCACAGCUGAGCGAACUCCGCCAGAGGCAGCGGACGCUGGAGCGGUGCAUGACGGCGCUCAAAGACAGCGCGGCGCUGGCGUCCAUGUCCGCAGCCUCGACCGUCGGCCGGUCCGGAGGCCAGAGUCUCUACGGAGGCAUCUCAGGCGGCGACACGCCGUCGCCUGUGUACGGCGGCAGCGGCGAGCGGACACGGCGAGCGGCUGCGAUCGACAUCGCGAUGUUCAGCCCCGUGAGCAACCCGUUCGCCGCCAGGUUCGCGGUCGAGGGCGAGAUGCGCUCGCGGCAGCUCAAGCGCGAGAAGAGCGAGGAUUGCGACGAGAGAGAAGGCAACGACCGGGAGAGACGCGGCGAGGCGCGACGCGGCGGAAACUGGAGAGACGACACCACCGAAAAAGAGACGCCGAGACUCGAAGAGGAAGAAAGAUGGAGAAGCACGCCGGUCAAGGCAGAACCAGCUUGGCAGGAAAAAAAAUCUGAUUCCCAGCCCACACACACGACCGCCCACGCAGGCGAUCGGCGCGAGGCGCAGGCGCCGCAGAGGAGGGGGAGGCACGCCCACGACACAGGGAAGGCGCCCGAGCCUCCGCAUACUUCGGCAUCCGGAUGGCCAUCAGUCGUGGCCGCGAAACCGGGCACGCAGCGGAGCGGGCCUCUCCGUUCAGAGGCCUGUACUCCGCAGCCAGAGCCCUGUAUCUACACAGCAGGGACGCAGACGUCUCGCGGGGGCCCUCCUUUUUCGACGGACACAGACUCGCUGGCCCUCGAACCUGCUCAAGCUGGCUCAUCUGCAACAGGCCCAGGCUGCGACAAUGCGACCGCCUCUGCGUCGCGGCGCGAGACGGGAGAGGAUAUCAGCCCGGCGCAACUUCAGAAAAGAAGCCCCUGCGAGGCGUGGGAUGUAGGCAAGCGAGACGGGCGACCCUCGCAGGGAGCCGAAGCGCCGGAAGGCUCGAGAGGGGAGUUGGAGGCCGCAGCAGUGACCAAGAAGGGCGGCGCUGAAGAGGCCAAGAGCUCGGACGGCGUGGAGACAGCGCGGGUCACAAGCAUCGACGCAGAUGUCCUCCUGCUGAUUGAGGCUCCCGAAGCAAACGCGGAGGACAGCGAUUUCUACGAGGAAGGCGGCUCCCGGCCGCCUACGCCAAACAGCAUCCUUCUUUCGCCUCACCUGGGGAGCGACGGUGCCGCGCUCGCGCCGUCGCGCCGUCGCGCUUCGGUUCUCCGUGCAGGCAGCCAGGUACGCAACCAAGAGACGGCGGGGAUGGCGGGUGUGCGCGCGACAGGCUCUGAAUCCACGCCGACGUUCUCGCUGCCGGCUGAAUUCCAGACUCCAUCCAACACCGACGGAGGGCCCGCGCGGCAGGACGCUGGCGACGAGGCUGCUGGAGGCCGCAGAGACAUCGGGGCAACUGUGAACCGCGAGGCGCACGACGACACGCUGCAGAGGAUUCUAACCCUCUCAGAAGAGGCGGACGAGGAGAACGCGGCGCAGACCGCCGCGAGCCUUAUUGAGUCCGUGCUCGGCUACGAAAUGGAGAUGCCCGAAGACGUCGGCGAAGAAGCCACGGCGAGCCGACUCCGCGAACAAGAGAAAAAGACGCUCUUCAACGCGAUGAUGGAGUCCACCCGCGCGUACGGCGACGCCCCUCCACCGCAUGGUGAACGGGACGAGACCGAGCAUGAUUCUUUGGCCUGCGCCAAAGGCGUUGUGGUGCGGCCUGCAGGCGGCUUGGCGCAGCCCGCCGCGCUGCAUGGCAAGCGAACAGCAGCGAAGCCUGCGCGGCCUCCCCCCCAGUCUGAGGCGCCUCGUCUUCUUCCGAGCCUCGAGGCCGCCUCGCGAUCGCCCCCAUGCCAAGCGCACGCUGCGACUAAGCAAGACGACCCGGUGGACAGCGAAAGAGCCGAAGAGCGGGUGCGAACGGGAGAAGACGGCGCAAGUCGCCCCUCAACCGCCGAAGGCCAGCCGCUCGCUGGGCGAGCGACGGACGCGUUAGAUGUGCCCGAGGAGGAGAAAACGGGCGAGGAGGCAACGAACCACAAAGCGGAAGUCAAGGAUAAACCGGCGAAUGGUGCCGGUGGCGCCACGCAUCCCGCAUCGACUCCUUCUCAGAACGCUGGCAGGCGCAGCGAAGGACGCGGCGGCAGGAAAGCGCCUGUUCCGCCGUCGGCGUCCUCGUUGUCUCCCUCGGCUGUGAGGGCGGAAGGCGCGAAGCAGACGCGAGCGCGGAAAUCCAGCGGCCGGCGCAAAGUCGCGAACCGGGUUCUGCUUACGCUCCACGAUCAGAUGCAGGAGCAGGCGCAGCACUCACCUGUCGAACGCUGGCGUGCGGUGCUGCCUGCAGCGGCCAAGCGCGGCGCGGCGAAGAAGCGGCGGCCGUGUGGCCUCAAAGCGCAGACACCGGCGCUUGAGACACAUAUCGCAGAGACCGUCGCACACGCGGCAUCGCCGGCCCCGAACAAGGGGACUGCCGUCCACGCGAGCUGCGAGGCCGAGCGCGCGGAGGGACGCCGCGUGGCGCUCUCCUGUAAGCACACAGGCAUCGAAGAAGACGGAGUGAGCACGGUCAGCACGCUGCCCACUGAGACAAUUGAUGUCGCGAUCAGCGUCACAGUGGACGAGACGCCGUGA